AUGAGUGAGGACCUUUACUGGGACGAAGGCAGCAACCGCUACUACAAACUAGACCCUGAAAAAGAUGAAUUCUAUUCAGAUGAUGAGACAAGAGCUGCUGAUGCUGCAGCAGCAGAAGAAGCAAAGCUGCUGGAGGAGCAGCAGCAGCAAGAAGCUGCUGCUGCAGCUGGCGCAGCAGCAGCGGACGACGCGAAGGCCGCUGCGCAGCAGCAGCAGCAGGAAGCUGCUGCUGCUGCAGACACUGCUGCUGCAACAAAUGACCUCGCAGCAGAACAACCAGACGCAGCAGCAGCAGCAGCAGCAGCAGCAGCAGUUGAUGGACAAGCUAAAGUAGAUGAAGCAGCAGAGAAAGCAGCAGCAGCUGCCGCAGCAGAAAAAGCAGCAGCAGCUGCUGCAGCAGAAAAAGCAGCAGCAGCUGCCGCAGCAGAAAAGGCAGCAGCAGCUGCCGCAGCAGAAAAAGCAGCAGCAGCCGCAGCAGAAAAUGCUGCAGCAGCAGAAGCUGAAGCAGCAGCAAAAGAAGAAGCAGAUGAGAAGGCAGCAGCAGAAAGGGCUGCGGCGGAAGCAGCAGCAGCAGAGCAGUUGCUGCUGCUGCUGAGGCAGCAGCAGCAGCAGCAGCAUCCGAAGACACAGAAGCUCAGCCAGCAGCAGCAGCAGCAGCAGCAGCAGCAGCGAAGGCACCUUCUUUCCGCGGCAGCAGCAGCAGACUCUGACUCACCAGCAGCAGCACCUGCUGCAGCAGGUAACCCGCCGAAGGGCGCAGCAGCAACAGAAGCAGCAGCAGCACCAGCAGCAGCAGCAGCAGCAGCAGCAGCAGGCAGAAGCUUGCUGGGGGCCCACGAUGGCAUUGGCAGCAGCCGCUUGCUGGCAGCAGGAGCAGAAGCAGCAAGGGUUGCUCACCUAGAGCUGAAUAAAAAGCUGGAGGAAGCCGAAGCCGAAAUUGCGCGACUGAGAGCAGCAGAACUGUCUAGAGACCGAGGCCUAGAGGAGACAUCUGAAAUGGAGAGUCUUAGAAGAGAACGAGAUGAGCUCGAAGUCCAGCUGCAAAGGCUCAGGGAUGAGGCCGCAGAACUAGAGGAGGCAAUAGAAGCUGCUGCUGUGGAAAAGGAGUUGGCGCUGGAAAGCCUCGAAAAGGAAAGGGCGAGGGCUGAGGACGUCAAGCUGCAGCUGGAACUACAACUGACAGACAGAGAGCUUGAGGUGGCGCAGCUGCAGCAGCAGCUAGCGGAGCAGCAGACACGAGAAGCUGCUGCUCUGAAGCAGCAGCAGCAGAUCAUGCAGCAGCAGCUGCAGCAGCUGAAAAAGACAGAGGCAAAGGAAUUCGAAAAAGGAGCGCAGCAGCUGAAGCAGCUGCUGGUCUCUGCACAUGAAGAGAGACACAAAGCAGCAGCAGAAGCAGCAAUGCUGCAGCAGCAAGUCGCUGAGCAGCAGCAGCAAAUAGAGAGACUCCACGCAGCAGCAGCAGAGGACCAGAGCUUGCUGCAGGAGUUGGAGGAGCAGCAGCAGCAGCAGCAGCUCCUGCUGCAGCAGCUGCUGCAGCAGCAGCAGCAACAACAGCAGCAGCUGCGUGAGGUCUCUAAGCAACGCUCUAUCUACCACUCGGCCUUCCAGCGCAUCAGCAAACUUUACAAAGAGCAGCAAGCUACAAGUCGCAGCACAGAAGAGGCGCUGCGGGAGAAGCUGCAGCAGCAGCAGCAGCAGCUGCAGCAGCUGCAGCAGGUAGCAGUGCCCCGCUGGCAGCGUGUCUUCAUGCUGCACACAGGAGCAGCAGCAGCAGCAGCAGCAGCAGCAGCAGCAGCAGGAGAGCCAUCCUCUGCUGCUGCAGAUGCUGCAGCAGACGAGACACACGACGCAACUGUCAAGGAGCAGCAGCUGCUGCGGAACCACGAGCUGCUGCUGCUGCUGCGACAGCAGCUGCUGCUGCGGCAGCAGCAGCAGCAGCGCUGCGAGCUGCUGCAGCUGUGCCUGCCGCAGCAGCUGCUGCAGCAGCUCAGCGCCCGCACGCAGGGCCCUUUGCUGCUGGAGGGGUGCUGCUACAGCUGCUUGAUGCUGAUGGACCAUUUGUUUGCGGUGUACGGACAACCCAUAAUGGAGGACCUCAAACUCAACCCCAAGACAGUGCUGCGGGAGAGAGGCUUUGCGCGGUGGCUGGGCCGGGCCUUGUUUUUGUUUUCUGAUUUGCUGCUGCUGCUGUCGCCUUGGCUGCUGGCAGCAAAGAGGGAGCAGCAAGCAGCAGUUGCUGCAGCUGCUUCUUCCGGCGCAGCAGCAGAAGCAGCAGCAACAGCAGCAGCAGCAGCAGCAGCAGAGGCAGCAGCAACGCCGGCUAUAUUUCUUAUGGAGCAGCAGGGCUGCGGUGACAGCUUGCUGCUGCUGCAGCAGCGGCUGCAGCGCCUUGUUGCUGCAGCAGCAAAAGGGACUCUCUCUGCUUCCUCUCCCCUGGAUGAAAUAGAAGCUGCUGCUACGCAGCUGGCAGCUGCAGUGCAGCAGCAGCUGCAGCAGGAGCUGCAGCAGCAGCAGCAGCCCUUGCUGCUGCCCCAGCUGGCAGCAGCAGCGCACAAAGCCCGCAGCGCCGCGCUGUGGGGUGCAUGCACAGCAGCAGCAGCAGUUGCUGCAGCACAGGAAGCAGCAAACGCAGCAAAAGAAACUGCUGCUGCUGCUGCGCUGCAGCAGUGGCUGCCUGUUGCAGAUGCUGCUACUUCUCUCCUCUUGUGUCUCCCCGAGGCCCAGGACUACGGGCUCAAAGACAGCAGCAGCAGCAGCAGCAGCAGCAGCAGCAGCAGCAGCGACAGCAGCAGCAGCAGGUGGCUGCUCAGCAGCCUCAAGGCUGAUACCUCCUUUGACUUUGCUGCUCUGCGAAAGACAAUUGAAGGCUUUGUGGAAAGGGUUUCGGACGCAGAGGAGAAACGCGCUUUGGAGCCGCAGCAGCAAGACUUGCAGAGCGUAGCCACUUGCUUCAGUGCUGCUGCUGCUGCAUGCAAAAUGGGCCCCACAGCUGUCAUCAGCGGCGGCUGGGAAGGGCUGCUGCUGCAGCAGAAGAAGCAGGUGCUGCAGCAGCAGCAGCUGCAGCAGCUGCUGCAGCAAGCGCAGCAGGAGGAGGCCACGCUCAAGCAGCAGCUCGAAGAGAAGGAGAAUUCUCUAGCAGCAAAAAAUAAGGAGAUAGAAGAGCUGCAGCGCCUCGUUUGUGCUCUCAAGCCCAAGGCCGAGCGGUAUGCGGGCCUGGAGAAGUCUCUGGAUGAGAGCGAGCAGCAGCAGCGGCGCUAUUGGGCCCUCAGCAGCAGCCUGAGGGCAAAGCUGCAUGCAGCAGCAGCAGAAACGGAAGCACUGCAGCAGGAGCGGCAGAGUCUGCUGCAGCGCGUGCAGGAGCAGCAGCGAAAGCUGGAGGCCCUCAAACGCCUAAACCCCUCCGUCCAGGCUGGCGGCGCAGCCUCAGCAGAGAUCGAGGCGCUGCGGGCCGUUAUAUGGAAGCAGCAGCUGGAGCUGCAGCAGCAGCAGCUGCAGAGCGCAGCAGCAGCAGUUGCAGACGACGACGCCUUCUUCUGCAGGCUGCAGCAGCAGCAGCAGCUGCGCCAGCAGCAGCAGCAGCCCCUGCAGCAGCUGCAGCAGCAGCUGCAGCAGCUGCAGCAGCUGCAGCAGCAGCAGCAAAGCGUAGAAGCAGCAGAAAGCAGCACCAGCGAAGCCCUCAAACUCGUGGAAGAAUUCCAGUAA